AAGAAAAUCAAGAAGAAGGAGAAGAAGAAGAAGUUCGUGAUUAGCAGUUCCCUUUUUCCUCCCUCCGUCCUGAUGAUUCCUCCACUCCGCUAGCCGUAUCUCGCUCCGCCCUCCUCACCCACUCCCCUUUCUCCGCGCUCCCGCUCCUCGGCGGGCCCUCCUCAAACCCUAGGCGCGAGCUGCCGCGGCGGAGAUGGAGCAGCACGUGCUGGUGGCGCUCGCCCUCUCCUUCGUCGGCGGCCUCAGCACCUCUCUCGGUGCGCUGCUGGUGAUCGUGAACCCUUCCCCUGACCUCAAGAGGCUCGGCCUCCUCCAGGGUUUUGCUGCUGGACUUAUGUUGAGCAUCUCGUUUCUAGACCUGGCACACAACGCACUCAAUUCCAUUGGCUUCUUGAAGGCCAACCUCUGGUUUUUUGCGGGAGUUCUUUUCUUUGGUUUCGUUGUCAAGUUCAUUCCAGAGCCAACCUUUGUGCCAACAACUGAUGCGAGCAAGAAAAAGACUGAUGAUGAUGGGGCAGGUAAAGAUAUGAUGAAAAAACAUCGCCGGCAAGUCUUAUUCAGUGGCAUCAUUACUGCCGUUGGAAUUAGCUUGCACAAUUUCCCUGAGGGAAUGGCGGUAUUUCUUGGAUCCGUGAAGGGUCUUCGAGUCGGAGUUAACUUGGCCAUUGCUAUUGCUUUACAUAACAUACCCGAGGGGGUUGCUGUAGCUCUGCCACUCUAUUUUGCUACCAAAAGCAAAUGGCAAGCAUUUAAAUAUGCAACACUCUCUGGUUUGGCUGAGCCACUAGGAGUAUUUUUUGUAGCUGUCUUGUUUCCGAGCAACUUAAAUCCUGAAAUUCUUGAAGGCCUACUUGCAUCAGUUGGUGGUGUUAUGGCUUUCCUCACUUUGCAUGAAUUGUUACCUCUAGCAUUUGACUAUGCUGGUCAGAAGCAAGCUGUGAAAGCAGUCUUUGUUGGCAUGGCCGUCAUGUCUGCGAGCUUGUAUUUCCUGGAGAUCAGCCUGCCCAAAGAGAUCAGUUUGUAACACAUGACCGCACCACCGCAACUAUACCAGCUGUUCAUAGUGUCCUCUGAAGCCUGAGAGCUUCGCCAUAUAUCAAACGUUUCUUGCGCUUUGCCGCUUUGCAAAGCAAGGGGCGUGGGGUUUGGAAGGUUCGUCGCUCAGAAGCAAGGAUUAUGGCCAGACAGUUGCACUGGCCAUGUGUAGCAUACACUAUUACUCCUGGUCAUUGUAUCUGACCGUUAUUUACUAGGAAAAAACAGCAGUGUCACGACCCAUAUGCGGUGGCUGGACACCCCUCAAUUUGUUUGUUUCAGAAAACCAUAUGGGUUGACGGGUAUCUGAAUACAACCACCGGGUUUGUUGUCCAGUAACAGGAUGCAACUAGAACUGAUUUGUGUAGUUUUUGCCGAUUUGACACUAGUUAAAAACCUGCCUGGUGGUCUUGUUCCUGGAUUCUGUUCCAAGUUUAUACAUCUUCAGUUUCUUUUC